GUAUAAAUACGGCAUGGGGAUGAUCUGUCAGAUUCGUACCUGUAUUUUACCAAAAUCUAUCUCUUUAAUACUUCAAAAAUGUGCUGGACGACAAUCGAGCUCCUAUAAACCCAUAUGAAAGAAUGGGUCAUCCAACUGAGUCCCACGACAAUACUGUUCAAAAUGCAGCUAAUCGCCGUCAAGAACAUCAUGAUCCACCGCCUGCCUAUUCAGAACAUGCGCAUCGGCAACCGCAAAAUUCCCAGCGAGCAUCUCUGCAACAAUUAGCGAAGCCAAUUGUCAUCCCCGCCACUUCGGCAGCAUUAGGAUCUGCUUUUCUCAGAGCAUAUCCACCGAGCCUUGAACCUUUCCAUAUCUCGCGCAGAGAAUUUUUAGACAUCUUGGACGGUCUGAAUCGUGUUGCUGUACAGAGCCCACCACUCCGGGUUCUUGGUCUAGUCGGCGAAGCCCUCGGAGUUGUACCCUUGUCAACUGCCCAAAUCGUCGGCUUCGCAGUCAAUACUGCAUCUCAGAUAGGCGGUUAUGCACUUUCCAAGGGAGCAACGGAAGCGUACCUGCGCAAGGUUAACAAGGAGACCUUCGCCCCACGUGGGCUCAAGCUAGAGAUUGCCAAACUAGAGGCUAUGGCACGGAUCAAUAAUCUCCCCAUAUUGGAUUCUUCAGGCGAGAUCAGGGGCGACGUGAGAUUGUUACGGCCACUUCUAGACCCGCAGGAGAUGCAGACGAGAAGCGCUACACAGAGAUGGCUGGAGGCAUUGGAGCCUUGGAUUGCGCCCUUGGACUACGAGACUCUGCCGGCCAUCAACACGGAUACAACUAACUUCUGGGGAAAGAUGCAUACUAUGGCGUCCGAGCAUGAACGCAAAAGAGCCGAAGAGAGAGUCUUGAAAAACAGAAGUAAGGCUGCUGACAAGCAUCAAGAGGGCAUUGAAAAGGCUGAAGAAAAGAGAGCGAAAGAUUUGGCCAAACUAGAGAGAAAGGAGCAGAAAGCACGCGAUAAUAGUCGUAGCCGGAAGGUAGAUGAUAAGCUGCGGAAGAUCGAGGAGAAGAGAGAGAAGGCGGAGAGAAAGCAUGACGAAAGAAUGGAUAAGGCGGCUGAGCGCUCGACGACGAAGGACAAGGAGGCCAAGGCCAUGACAAAGGUGUUAUGGCUUAUGAUUCGAAAUUUGCACGAUGAUAGUGGCAUUAACAGCUUCGGAAAUAUGGAAGAGGCUUAAAACUUCCUGAAUAUCAAGUUAGAUGGGAUUUAAUUCCUCACGAUAUUAGAGAAAUUUUGUUUGUCUUCUUUUAAAAUACUUCUCUCACGGAUGAGCCAGUGCCAUCCUAAGGAGUGAUUAGUUGAGGCCUACUCAGAUCAUCUAUUAAACUCCAGGUUGUAAGCUCUAUGUUUACCCCUGGACAUCUCUUUCUUUGUGAUCGAGGCCUCAGUAAGGACAUAUAGCUCAUAUGUAGCUACGUGUGGUUGGGUUAGGAGGUACCACGCCGUACCUAGUUAGAUAAAAGUCGUUGCUCUGCUGUGGAUCCGAUCUUCUCUAGCCGAUGCCUCGACCCGCAAGUAUAUCAGUGUCUCCAACUGUUUGCGGCGAAUAGCGAUAACAUUUGUUAUGUCGAGCUGCAUGAAUGUGCAGGGCACGCGUGG